AUGAACCGAAAACAUGCCAAACAGGAAACCAAACAACAACCUGGAUCCGGCUCGAUGACCAAGAGGACGAUGACGAUUGCCACGUACGAAGAGAAGGAUAAAUAUAAAGAAACAAGAGACAGCAAUGACCGAUACAGGAUUUUAACCACACUUCCCAAAAGUUGGUCUACAUAUAGAAUUAUGAAAGAGUUCAAUGUUUCCCAACAUAUGGCCAACCAAGCAAAAGCACUGCAGCAAGAGAAAGGAAUAAUGUCGGUGCCUGUAAAGAGGUUAAGCAGAGCUUCAUUAGGAGAACCAACGAUAAUGCUUGUUCGUGAUUUUUACAAUAGUGACGAUAUAAGUCGUGUUUGUCCGGGGAAAAGAGAUUAUUUAAUAUCUAAAAAUGAUGAAGGCGAAAUCUACGUACAAAGAAGAUUAGUUUUGUGUAACUUGCAGGAGGCGUACUCCAUCUUUAAAAAUACAUAUCCUGAUAUUAAAAUAGGAUUUUCCAUGUUCGCCAGUAACCGUCCGAAACACUGCGUUUUGGCAGGGACAAGUGGCACGCAUACCGUAUGCGUUUGUAUAUAUCAUCAGAACGUUAAACUUAUUUUUAAAACACUACAAAGCAGACAAUCACUCCCAGAUGGUGUUGAUUCCUAUCACGAUUUGUUUAAAAAAAUAAUUUGUCAAAAUCCAAGUGAACAAUGCUGGCUGCAGUGUUGCAAAAAUUGUUCAGGAACGCAAAUUUUGGCCACAGAACUAAUGACUAUUCUUAGUAACGGACAUGUUGCAUCAAUACAAUUCAAACAAUGGCGUCAAGUAGAGAGAUGCAUUAUGGACUUAGAACUGCUUAGGCACUAUUUCAAGGCAAGUCUUACAGGAAACAAUAUCGACACGUAUGCCUGA